CUAUGUUUUUCCAGUUCCUUUUUUUGUUGUUGCACAAGGAAAACAAUCUCGUUUCACCCUCUGAUCUGAUGAAGUCUGAAUCUGGUUGUGGUUGAGCCCAACCACUUCACCCCUCUUUCCUCUAUCCAGAUCCACACCAACAAGACGAGACCAGCGAGCGGAGCGCCAUGGCCGCACCGCCACGCCGCCGCACCUCGCCGCCGGUGAUCCCGGACGAGCUCGUCGAAGAGAUCCUCCUCCGCCUCCCACCCGACGACCCAACCUGCCUCCUCCGCGCCUCCUUCGCCUGCAAGGCCUGGGGCCGCGCCGUCUCCGAGCCCCGCUUCCGCGUCCGCUUCAUGGAGAAGCAUCGGCAUCGGGCGCCGCCCUUGAUCGGUUUCCUCCACAAUUGGAAGGACGAGAGCGUUCCCCGCUUCAUCUCCACCACCGCCUCGCCCUUCUCCCUCCCCGCCCCAGCCCGCGCCUCUUGGCUCGCCCUCGACUGCCGCCACGGCCGCGCCCUCUUCCUCUCCCAGCCCGAGUCAGAGGGAUCUGGCGCUCAGGAACUCCUUGUGUGGGAUCUGAGCACGGGCAUCCGGCGGCGCAUACCAGUGCCCCCGAUGCACAGCAGCUACGAGUGGCCGACCGCGGCCGUGCUCUGCUCAGCGGACGGAUGCGACCACCGCGACUGCAACGGGGGUCCCUUCCGCGUGGUCUUCGUCUUCACCGUGGUCCGACGUGUGAUCAUGUGGCCCGGUCUCACGUCGGUGUGCGUCUACUCGUCAGAGACUGGCACCUGGUCCCGUGAAUUGUGCUCGAUUAGUCACCUAUGCCACGCGUUGACGUUUACACGUCAUUCCAGCCUGCUCAUUGGGAGCUCUCUGCUCUACUUCUUGUCCGACAAUGGGACGAUCAUGUGCUAUAACUUGGCCAGCAACGUCCUAACUGGGUUCGACACGGCGUACAUGCGCAAUGGCCAGGCGUCGAUGUUUAACCUCAUGGUGGCGGAGGAUGGUGGAAUAGGUCUUAGCGAAGACUUCAGUUCCCAGCUCAUGUUGUGGUCAAGGGAGGAGAGUGAUGAAGAAUGGGUACUUAGCCGGGUCAUCGACCUGGAGAUUUUGCUCCCAGCUGGUGCUCUGAUGGAUGCAGAGCAUGAAGUGGUGGUAUUGGGAUUUGCCGAGGGAGUGAAUGUCAUUUUCGUUAACACGAUUGCUGGCCUCUACACAAUCGACCUACAAUCCGUGCAGGUGAAGAAGGUGUGCGAUAAUCGUGGCUUCUGUAAUUUGAUUCCAGUUGUCAGCUUCUACACUCCUGUGGACUGCCUCGAAUACCAGGAUCUUCUGCCGUCGGUUCCUAGAGAGGAGGUAGGUGAUGAUGAGGAGAAAACAGUAGAUGAGGCACAACAGCUGCUUGACAAGGGGUCUGAUACUAUCAAGGAGGGUAGAUUUAUCAACGCCUUUGAACUUGUCAGCCAUGACCUCGAUAUCAUGGUUUGGGCACGCAAAGUUCAAGAGGUGAAUGAUUCUUUGGAUGAUGUUCCCAGGGGUGCAUCAAAUGAAGAAUCAGUGAAGGGCACAGCCAGCAAAGAUGAUGCUGAGGACUCAAAGACCUCUGAUAGCAAUGUUGAGGAUGCUGCCCCAUCUUCGGAGAAAGGUGAUUCUCAAGAAGGUUGACGGUCCGGCCGGAUGUUUCAUCAGUCAUCAACGCCUUGAGUAGGAUCCUUUUCUUCUCCGCAGUUGGGAAACACUUUUUUGUCAUGGUAUUGUAGUUUAGAUUCCAGAAGACUAAAUGUAGACAAGAAUUAAGGCACCGAAUGUGGAGGCUUUGGCACCCCGAAGAAGUGAAAUAGGGAAUGAUGUUCAAGAGCUGGUCUGAAGGAUAGUGUCGCAACAAGUAGGAUUCUAUGAUGCAACUUAGCUGCCGAGUCGGUAUCAGGGUCAAUGAUGCCUAACAUUGAACGGUUCAGGGCCCGUUUGCUGUGUGAACCUGUUUUUGAUACACAAUCUUGUGAGUUUCAAGUGUUUCGACAUGAGCUCUCUUCGGUUGA